CUUGUGAUUUCGAGUUCGAAGAAGCUUAAGCAACCCAACAAAACCCGUCAAAAUGAAAUCCCUGUUGAUCCUCUUCGCCAUCGUCGCCGUCGUCGCGGCUUUCCCUGAACAGGAACGAGAACGCCGUGGAAUCCUCGCGGCCCCAGCUCUGGCCGCCCCAUGGAUCUCUCCCAAAAUCGCUGCUCCCGCUGUGGCCAUCGCAGCUGCCCCUAAGCUCGUCGCGGCGCCAGCAGUCGUAGCCGCACCCGGGUGGGGACUGAAAGGAUGGUAAAUGACAAUUUAAUAUCCUGGCGUAACUGGACCUGAAGUAUUACAAUGAACAUCGACGAUGGGAUACGUUCUCAUUGCCCUAAAUUCAAAUUCGGCGAUUGGUCACACCCGACACCCUCAUUUCGGCCGCAACACUGAUCGAUCCCCCGUAAUCGGCACCAUGGAUAAAUUUACACUUUC